AUGAAUGCUUCCAGCUGCCCCUCGAGGGGCUGCAGCAGCAACCGCAGCAGCAGCGCCGCAGCGGCAGCAGCAAUGCAGCAACAGCAGCAGCAGCAGCAGCAGCAGCAGCGGUCGAAGCUGCUGCUGCAGGCUGCAGGUUUUUCUCUCCUGUGUCUCUUCUUGUUCCACUGCUGCUGCCUGCGGCCCUGGGCAGUUCUUAAUAUGUUUGCUGCUGCGAACAGCAGCAGCAGCAGCAGCAGCAGCAGCAGCAGCAGCAGCAGCAGCAGUUUAUUCUUUAAAGAAAAAGCCCAGGGGCCCCUCCAUCUUGACUACUUCUUAAGUGGGGCCCCCAAGGGGGGCCCCCUUGAGCAGCGGCGGCUGUCCGAAGACAGCAGCGCAGCAGCAGCAGCAGCAGCAGCAGAUGAAGGUGCUGCAGCAGCAGCAGCAAUCGCAGCAAUCGCAGCAGACGAAGACUCAGCAGCAGCAGCAGGUGCCGCCGCAGCAGCAGCAGCAGACUCAGCGGUGGCGGCAGCAGCAGAAGAGGACGAGGACGCAGCCGCUGCUGCAGCAGAAGCAGAACGCUUAGCAGCAGAAGCAGCAGCAGCAGCAGCAGCAGCAGCAGCAGAAGAGCAGCAGCAAGACUCAACAAGCGCACUUUCAAGUUUGAAAGGAUUCAGAGGAGCAGCAGGAAUGUUCAUAAUUGCUGUUGCAUGCAUCACUGCUGUCUCCGCGGGCACUGGAG